AAGUAACGUUAUGUAUUUAUUAAUAUCAGCUGACAGCACAGGUUUCUUUUACUGUCUAUGGGUUUAGCGAAAUAAAGCGGGUUUUUUCUCGGGAUGCGGAAAGACAAAGCCUUUGAUACAUCCCUGGCUAAACUUGUGUGUGCGUUGUCAGUUGUAUUCAUGACAUAAAACACAGUUUGUCAGUGGCGAUUAUCUACGGACUGCUUGAUGAUUUGAUUAUCGUUUGCGAGCGGAGACACGAUGGAUGAUUUCGAGGAGACCAGACCACUGCUGGUCAACAGUGAGCUGACAGACGAGGACAGAUCGGAGCAGGACUCAUAUCUAGAUAAAGUUAAGAAUGGGAAACUGUACAUGGCCACAUUCGCAGCAGUCCUGGGACCCCUGAGUUUUGGGUUUGUCCUGGGUUACAGCUCUCCUGCCAUACCUGAGCUCCGCAGAAUCCAGGACCCAAGACUGCAGCUCAGCACAGAUGAAGCUUCCUGGUUUGGGUCCGUGGUGACCAUAGGUGCAGCUUUUGGGGGUCUCAUUGGAGGAUGGGUUGUGGAGAGGAUCGGACGAAAAUUGAGCCUUAUGUUCUGUGCAGUACCAUUCAUCUGUGGGUUCACCGUCAUUAUCGCUGCUCAGAACCACUGGAUGUUGUAUGUGGGCAGAGUGCUCACUGGUCUGGCCAGUGGAGUGACUUCUCUUGUGGUGCCUCUUUACAUCUCUGAAACAGCUCAUGAGCGUGUUAGGGGAACUAUGGGAUCGUGCGUGCAACUAAUGGUUGUGACAGGCAUUAUGGGAGCCUAUGUAACAGGUUUGUUCCUGGACUGGCAAUGGUUAGCAAUCACAUCCUCUAUCCCUCCCACACUAAUGCUGGUGUGUAUGUGCUUCAUGCCGGAGACGCCACGAUUCCUGCUCUGCCAAGGGAAGAGGAGAGAGGCAGAAGAGGCCCUGAGCUUCCUCAGGGGUCCUGAUGCCCCGGCAGAGUGGGAGUGUGCUAGAAUAGAAGAGGCCUACAAAAAUGAAGAGCAAAGCUUCAGUCUGGCCGAUUUGAAGGACCCUGGUGUCUUAAAGCCUUUGGGCAUAGGCAUUAUGAUGAUGCUCCUCCAGCAAAUGACCGGCAUUAAUGCCAUUAUGUUUUAUGCAGAGACGAUUUUCGAGCAGGCCCAUUUUAAAAGCAGCGAUGUGGCCACUGUUAUUGUCGCAGCCACACAGGUGGUCUUCACUGCAAUUGCUGCUGUUAUCAUGGACAGGGCUGGGCGGAAAGUUCUCCUCAUCUUGUCUGGUGUCACCAUGUGUGUUAGUGAAGCAGUGUUUGGAGUAUAUUUCAAGUUGACUGUGAAGCAUAAUAACUCUACACUGAUAAGUUUACUAACAGACGCCCAGGGUUCUCUGGAAGAGCAGCCUCCUACUGACCUGGCCUGGCUGGCUGUGGGAAGCAUGGGCCUUUUCAUUGCAGGUUUUGCUCUUGGUUGGGGUCCUACUCCUUGGCUGGUGAUGUCAGAGAUCUUUCCCACACGAGUAAGGGGAUUGGGCAGUGCUCUGUGUGUGCUUACCAACUGGACCUGUGCCUUCAUUGUCACCAAGACCUUCCAGAACCUCGUGGAUGCCAUAACCAGUGCAGGGACAUUCUGGAUGUUCUCAGGACUGUGUGCUCUCAAUGUCAUCUUCACUGCUAUUUUUGUCCCUGAGACCAAAGGCAGAACUCUGGAGGAGAUUCAAGCUCGUUUUAAGGGGACUUGACAGCACUAGACAAGUUUUCUGCUUGGUGCCAACACCAAAAUUUAGAAAAAAACAAACUAGUUGCAAUGAGAUGUUAGAAGCCUGUCAUUAUGUUUUCAAAUAAUGUAAACAUUUACAUAUUAAAUAUGUGUGUUUGAUACUUUUUUAAUGUGAUUUGUCAUUGAAUCAGCAAAAAUAGCGGCUGAUGUGAUAUAUUUUCAAGCAGUCUUCAAGAAUCUUUUAAUACUGUUAUAGUUGAUACUAAAAAUGAGAGAUGACGUGAAAAAUCAUUUUAACUUGUUUGCAGGUCAUAUAAAGGAUGUUUUUGAAAAAGGUCUAAAUAUACAACUAUUCAUUUGCCACAUGGAGAGUUUAUAUAAGCUUUAUUAGUUAGCAAUUUCCUCUGCAUCAACACAUCACCUUGGGUUACAUUUUAAUUAGAAGCUCAGUCAAUCUCAAAAAGAAUAUUAUAGGAAAUGUUGAAUUUAAAGUGAUUCUUGUCUUUAUAUUCUGAUGGUACUGUAUGCUGUUAUAAAUGUAUACUAAUUAAUGAACAGCAUUAGUGACCGCAUAAUUUUUUUUCUGACCUCAUUUACCAUUAACUUGCUCACUUUUUUGUGUUUAACGAAGAAGUUGAACCAAAUACGGUAUUAAUCCAAAUUUAUUUAACAUACUCUAUUGUUGGCUUCAUUCAGAAAGUGCGCAAAAUUAAACUGAAGUCUCAAAGGUGAAGUCGUAUGUUGUUUUGAACUGUGGAACUGAGUCCGUAAAGUUUAAUGCAUUGUUCUGACAAUAAAUAAUGUGCCAAAUACAA